UAUUGUCGUACCACAAGAAUAUGGUAUAACAAUUGAAGAAAAAUUAAAUAUUGCACGUGGUAUUAUUACACCGUUAUUACGACAGAUUGGUACUGAUUUACAAGGAAAUUUAACUGGUUAUUGGGAAAAUGAAGAGCACAUAUUUAAACUAGAUAGCAGAUAUUUGAAUAAUCAAGAUAAUAGUGAAAACGCACAAAACAGCCCUUCAAAAGGAAUCCAAACACCUGGUCGUCAUGUUAGAACUCGAUUAUAUUUUACAAGUGAAAGUCAUGUUCAUGCGUUAUUGACAAUAAUACGUUAUGGUGGUUUAAUUGAUGUAAGCCUUUUCAUAACAAAACGCUAUUCUUAA